AUGACUUCACAGUUUUUUACAGCUUUUAACAGUAUAAAGAUCCAAUACCAUGAAGUUUUCUUUACGAUCAUUAUUUUCGUCUAUUGCUCUACGCUAUCAAGAGCCAAUGAUCUUCAAAUCUCCUUGGAUUUCCCCAACUAUACAAAUGAGUUUGGACAUCAUCAGUGCGAGGAUGAUAUCGCUUUAAACUUUUCUAAUACAGUGAUCACUUCUAUCGGUCAGAAUUUUAUCAGUAAUCCUCUGAUAACUUGUCUGAAUCUCACGAAUAUUGGCAUCCAAAGCAUCCAGUACGGCGCCUUUAACAAACUUCCUAAUUUAACCCAACUGUUCCUUUCUAAUAACAACAUAAAUUUGGAAAAGCUCUUCGACUUCGGGAGUCACGAAAACUUGAAGGUUCUUAUUCUGAACAGCGCAAACACCGAACGCAACUAUUAUGAUCAUUACAGCAUACAUUUCCAAAAAUAUCCUAAUUUAGAAAUCCUAUCUCUACGUAGAAAUGGUAUCAACGACUUGCAAACUUCCAUCAAGGAAAUUUCAUUCCCAAAACUGAAGAUCCUAGAUCUUUCCAGCAACAAAAUACAAGGUAUUAAUUUUUUAGAGUUGCUGCCAAAUAGUUUGUACAUUCUCGAUCUUCACCAUAACUCGCUCGCUUCUUUGGCUUUUGACAAGAAAAAACUGAACUUGUUAGCGUUAAACUUGGAUAACAAUAAUCUGAGAUACGUGAAGAAGUACAUUGAUUCGCAUAAUCGACAUAAUUACGGAUAUGGAAGAAAGAAUAACGAUCAAUAUAUUUCGCAUAAUAAUCCACGUAAUUUUGGUCUAGCCAUGGCUGGCCUGGAAAAAUUGCACUACCUCUCCAUUUCUGGAAACAACAUCGAUUUCGUGGAAUCGGACGCUUUCGAGGAUAUCAACAAGUUGGUCUAUUUGAACUUAUCCGUAAAUAAUAUAAAUUACUUGCAUCCGGAGACGUUUGAAAAAUUGCAGUGCUUGAAAUCGCUCGAUUUGAGUCGCAACAAGCUCGAGGAUAUUCCGCGAAUUUCGAGUGAGACAGUGAUCAGCAUUCUGUCUCUUAAUUCUAACAAUGUUAAGAGUUUAAUUGCAAACGCUUUUGCGGAAAUGCCGAAGUUGACGAAAUUGUUAUUGAGAGGUAAUCAGAUCGUCGAGAUUAAUGUUAAAGCAUUUGCUGAACUUUCGCUUUUAGAAGUAUUAGAUCUUUCGAAGAACAAAUUGAGUUUUCUUCCGAAAGGAUGGAGCGAUUCUUUCAUGUCUUUAAAAUAUUUGCAUUUGAACGACAAUCAAUUUACUUCAUUAGAGUCUGUAUCUCUGGCAAGUGCGUUAUUGUCAUUGAUCGAGGUAAAUCUGGCGAUAAAUCCUUUGGAAUAUUUAGAUGUUAGCUAUUUCAAGAACUUGCCGCAGAAUCUUACUGUGAAUUUAGUGCAAAAAUCAAUAUAAGUUUGCAUGCUGGAAUUUCAAUAAAUUAAUGCAAGUCGAAUUAAUACUGUUAAAUCACACGUGUAUGUGCGUAAACAUAUAUUUAGUAAUAUUAAUAAAUAUUAAUAUUAAAACUAAUAUUUUAUUUAAAUAAUUUUAUUGAAAUUAAAAUGUUGAUUUACACGUACAAGAGAGGAAGGACGAG